GUCAAGGAGGCUACAAGGCCCAAUUUGGCCCUCCUACUGGAGAUGGCCUUAGGUCACUGAUUAGGUCAGGUCCCCAGCUCUCUCUUUACAUAAAUAGAUGUUAGAACACUUGGUUCUAACGGAGAUCGAAAACUUAAAAUGGAAGCAGUUACAGAAUUGGAUGAAGCAACUCUAAGAGGCCAAGCAGAUGUAUGGAAGUACAUGCUCGGCUUUGCAGAUUCCAUGGCUUUGAAAUCUGUUGUGGAGCUCCGCAUACCAGAUAUCAUACACUCUCAUGGUCAUGCAUUGACUUUGUCUGAAAUAGCCUCAUCCAUCGAUUUUGCAUCACCCUCUCCAGACAUCACAUGCCUCUCUCGGAUCAUGCGGUUGCUGGUCCGCAGAAACAUCUUCACCGCACAUCAUGGCGGUGGAGAUUCCGGAGAAACCCUUUACGGGUUGACUCCUUCGUCUAGAUGGCUCUUGUAUGACUCGGAGCUCACUCUCGCUCCGAUGGUUCUCUCGGAGACAAAUCCUAUUCUAAUGGCUCCAAUGCACUAUUUCAGCCAAUGCGUCGAGCAAGGUGCCACAUGUGCCUUUGAGAAAGCGCAUGGGCGCGACAUUGUGCAAUUCUUCUCCGAAAACCUUGAGAUCAACCGAUUGUUCAACGAUGCCAUGGCGUGUACCUCUAAGAUUAUAAUGAAAGUGAUACUUGCCAAAUAUAAGGGUGGGUUUGAUGACGUGGCAAAACUGGUGGAUGUUGGUGGUGGGACAGGAACCGCGGUGGCGGAGAUUGUGAAGGCGUAUCCCAGCAUUAAGGGGAUCAACUUUGAUCUACCAUAUGUGGUUGCAACAGCGCCGGCGUACCAUGGCGUGUCACAUGUCGGAGGUGACAUGUUUGAUGAGGGCAAUAUUCCAAAUGCUGAUGCAAUUUUCAUGAAGUGGGUUUUGCACGACUGGAGCGACAGCGAUUGCAUCAAGAUAUUGAAGAACUGUCGGAAGGCAAUACCGGAGAGAAGUGGCAAGGUGAUUAUAGUGGACGUUGUUCUGGAGCCAAAUGGUGAUGGCAUGUUCGACGACACAGGCGUAGUUUUUGAUCUGCUAAUGAUUGCUCAUACCACAGGUGGAAAGGAGAGGAGCGAGAGUGAAUGGAAGAAAAUGUUGGAACAAGCAGGCUUCCCUCGCUACAAAAUCAUCAAAAUUCCAACUUUACCGUCCAUUAUCGAGGCCUACCCUGUGUGAAAAAUUAAAUCUUACCAUAGAAGCUAGCUGAAUUAAUAAGAUGUGUGGUUAUAUUA